AUGGACAAUCGGGUGUUGAGUACUAUUAGACCCGAGUUCGAUGGCAAACGAGCCAACGAUAAAAACUCAAGGCCUUUGGCCAUCACUCGGGGGCCAACAAAAUACGGUUUUCUAGUUUUUCAAGACAAUGCGGGCAUGCGAGCUUUCGACUUCUGGAAGGGCCGGUAUGAACAAGAGUGA